AUGGUUUCUUCAACUAAGUUAACAGAUGAUAUCCUGAUUGAGAUCUUCGCUUAUCUUCCUCUGGGUUCAAUUUACAGAUUUAGAUCAGUCUCGAAGGUAUGGUUAUCUAACCUCUCACACCCUAAUUUCAUUACUAAAUGGUUCAAGAUUAACAGCAGAUCACUCCCAUGGAUGCUAUAUUAUGCAAUGGUUGAUUACAGUACUGACGGAAACCCUUUGAGAUUUAAGAUGGCAUAUCCUGAUUUACAUUCAGAAUUUCUGUCUAGAAAUGAACGUUUGUUCUCUUUUAAGUUUCUUUUGAAUCAGAUUCAAUUUGAAGAUUCUAAAUUAUACCUGCUAGGAUCUAGUAGUGGUUUGGUACUUUCUUAUUCAUUUGGUUCAGAUAAUCGGACUAGGUACCAUGUUUGUAACCCACUUACUCAGAAAUGGGUUUCUCUUCCUUCACCACCUCGAUCUCAGGCUAGUCAUCUUGAUGUUAAUGGUAUAUUCAUCAUCCCUGGCAAGUUGUUAUAA